GCAAUCCUCCAGCUGCCACAAAGAAGGCCUGGAUUCAAAUUUCUGCUGUGGUGAGUGCAGCAGGAGAGAACCAGGGACCUUGGAUUCAGUACCAGAAGAGGCUCAACAACCUGCUAUGUUCUGGCAAGCAGAGGAAGGUGAAGAACCCCAAGGAGAUGGCCUAGACUGGGGGUGGGUCAGCCUGGCUGCAAGCGAUUAGACUGAUGAAACAGAUAGUCAUGGAAAUAACCAGAAUGCAGAAGCAGCUGUGUUGGUGAUGGUGAAUCACCAGUAGCAGCAUUCUCUCUCUGAAAUCCGAUGACGAUGGCAGCUGCUGAUUUAAUCACCUUCUGGGAUUAUUGGGAUGAGCAGAACAUUACCACAAUGAAUAAGACCUGGGUCACUUGCGUAAAUGAGUCUGAAUGUUUGACCUGGGAGAUUUUUCAUUGUCUGCAGAACUUCUCUAAGAAGGCAAUCCUGCAUACCAUAUCUUCCUUUUAUAUCCUGAUUUUUGUCAUUGGUUUGGUGGCCAACAUUGUGGUGGUAUAUGUAAACGUGAAGGCGAAGCGAUCAAGAUAUGAAACCCACCUCUACAUCCUGAACCUAGCCAUUGCAGACUUGUGUGUAGUAGUCACUCUCCCUUUCUGGGUCACAUCACUCAUUCAGCAUGGCACCUGGCCUUUUGGAGAGUUUAUGUGCAAAUUUACUCAUCUCAUCUUCAGCGUCAAUCUUUUUGGGAGUAUCUUCUUCCUAACGUGCAUGAGUGUGGACAGAUAUAUAUCAAUGGUGUGGUUCCGAGAUUCCAUUGACCGUAAGAAAGAAUUGACCCGUAAGGUUACCUGCAUGUUAGUUUGGAUUUUUGCCUUUCUCAUAUCAGUUCCAGAUUUCUUUUUCUUGAAAGUGACUCUCAGUUAUCACGAUGAACCCAUCUGCCAUUUGGCUUAUCCUGAGGAAAACUUCAGAGAAUGGAUGGCUGGGAUGGAAAUGAUCUGCAUCAUCAUAGGCUUUGUUAUCCCAUUUGCCAUUAUUGCUGUUUUCUAUUUUCUACUAGCAACAGCCAUCCCAAUCACAAGUGACCUAGAGAGAAAAAAUAGCCGGAAGAUAAUAUUUGUCUAUGUGAUCAUUUUCCUCAUUUGUUGGCUCCCCUAUCACUCGAUUCUACUUCUUGAUUUUUUGUGGUUCCUAAAUCUUUUAUCUUUUAGUUGUCAGCUGGAAAAUUUUAUAUAUGCUUCUUUUCACAUCACUCAGUGCCUAUCCUUGGUACAUUGCUGUGCCAACCCCAUACUCUACAGCUUCAUCAAUAAAAACUAUAGAUAUGACUUCAUGAAAGCUUUCAUUGUCAAAUACUCGGUCAAAUCUGGUAUCACAAGGCUUAAGGACACGACAGAAACAGAGUGCACCAUAUUGGAAGCAGGAUCCUAAUGUAAUCUCCACUUUUUUUGAACAGAAACAUUACCUUCUCAAAAAUCUACUUAACUGCAAUAACAAUCACAGUGCUUGAUUCAUUUAUACAAUUGCUAUUGUAGCCAAGUGUUGAAAUAUUCAAUAGAUUCUAUAGGGGACUGUUUGGACGUAAGUAUUUUAUUUCUAAUUGAGGGAAUUUACACUUCCAAGAAUGUAGGACUUGGUAAAUUGAUACAGAAGCAGUUAACCUACCAGUGCACAAAUGUGCCCAUAAUUAGUUAUGAAACCAUUUUCCGAGAAGCAUGGAGUCAGAUGUGCUGCGGAUGCAGAAUAUAAUUGUGUUAAUUGAAUCUCACUGGCUAGCUAUUCUGUUUUUCAAAUUCUGAUUGGAUGUACUCAUAACACUGCAAUUAACAAGGAUUUUAAAAAUAAAUUGGAUAGGCACUUGAGAUAAAUAAACUUGCAGGGCUUUGGCGAUAGAAUGGGGAAUAGGACUGACUGGAUUGUUCUGCAGAGAGCUGGCAUGGACUCAAUAGACUGAAUGACCACCUUCUGUGCUGUUAGGAGUCUACGACUCUAUGAUUAUAUGAGAAGGCCAUCUUCAAGUCUGUUCCAAAGCAGCUUCCUAAGGUGUCAGAUGUGGCUGAGUGGUAGCACCCGCACUUCAGUGUGAGAAGAUCGUGGAUUUGAGACACACUCCAGACCCUUGCGCAUAAAAUUUGUGUGACGCUUCUGUGUAGUAUUAGGGAGUGCUGUACUGUUGGAGAUGCCAGUGUUCAAAGAACAAAGAACAAGGAAAAGUACAGCACAAGAACAGGCCCUCCAAGCCUGCGCCGAUCAUAUUGCCUGUCAAACUAAAACAUUUUGCUCUUCUGGGGUUCUCUAUUCCCAUUCUAUUCAUGUAUUUGUCAAGCUGCCUCUUGAACACCACUAUCGCACCUGCUUCCACCACCUCCUCUGGCAGCGAAUUCCAAACACUCACUACCCUCUGCGUAAGAA